AUGGCAUGGUGGCAGGGCUAUGGCGGUGGCUCGUGGGGCAGCGGCUGGGGUGGCAAUGACUGGAAGCGAAAGCGGGAUAGCCAGGAACCGAAAUGGAAAAGCAAUGAGCACAAAUGCAAGCAGUGCAGGAAGUGGGAAUCUGAAGGUGAAUGGGAAGGCAAAAGCUUUUACUGCGCCCGCUGCUCUGCAAAGUUUGCGGAGCAGGGUCACAAAGAAGACUACCAUGAGGAUUCUGGCCGGGCCUGUGAGCCUUGGUUAGUGACAUACAAGGAGAAGUGGAAGGACCUCAUAGAGAUGGAAUGGCAAGAGGAGCUACGGGUCGUGGAGGAUCGACUUCAGCACUGGCCAUUGGCCAAGUUGGUGGGACAGGGAUUUUGCAUCACGGACCUGGAAGCUCGAAAGAGAGGCAACUUCUUCGGCAAGGCAAAGAUUGUUUUCUCGAAGCUGGACAUGCCAAGGCACCAGUUCUCUUCUGGGGAUGAAGUCAUCGUCUCCUUAGGCAACCCUUUGGACAAGAAGGCGUGGAAGGGUACCUGUGCAGCAGUUCGGGGAGAGUGGGAGAGGCUGGGUAUGAGCCGCAUAGCCAUCGUCGCCGACAGCCCUCCAUGGACUUUGUCUGGCCGUUGGCGAUUGGAUUGUGGGGCCAACAAGACAGCAUACGAGAGGACAGCCGCUGAAUUGAACGCCUCUCAGCAGGCGGCCAUCCAAGCUGUUGAAGCCUUCAACCUUGGCUUAAUUCAAGGACCACCAGGUACAGGCAAAACAACAACCACUUGCCAGAUGAUCAGCGGCAUGGUAGAGCGGAGGAAGAAGGAGGGCUUGCGAUCUUGUGGCGUUUUGGUUGCAGCAGAUAGUAAUGUCGCAGUCGACCAGCUACUGUCUGGUCUAAUUCGACUGGGAGUGAAGGCACUACGCAUCGGCUUCCCCUCGAAGGUAAGUCAAGAGUUGCGGCAGCACACGCUGCUGGCGCAAGCGGAAGAACACCCACUGAAUGCAAAAAUUGAAGAGACGCGGGCAGCUCUCGCGCAGGUGAAAGAUGCACUGUACUCAGGACAGCUGAAGGGGAAAGGAAAAGGCUUGGCGCAUCGUGAUAUAUCGCUGCAUGUGCGAGACAUCCAGAAGUUUGAGCAGCAGGUAAGUGAUGAGCUGAUCGAUGCAGCGGAAGUUGUUUGCUCGACACUCAUUGGCUGUGGCUGUGAUGCCUUGCUGCAGAGCUCCUUCGACACAGUCAUCAUCGAUGAAGCAUCACAAGCCACAGAGCCACGGUGCUUGGUGGCUUUCCAGAAAGCAAAGAAGCAAUUCAUUAUGGUGGGUGAUCAGAAGCAACUGCCACCAGUCGUGCUAUGUCAAGCUGCUGCAGAGAAAGGACUGCAGUAUUCCUUGUUUGAUCGGCUGCUGAACUCGCCAACGCUCUUCAAUGAGGAAAUAAACAUGUUGCAGGUGCAGUACCGCAUGCACCCCCUGAUCAGAAAGUGGCCGAGCAUGCAGUUCUAUGGCAACAAGCUGCAGGAUGGCCUGUGCAGCCAGUCAUUUGCUUCAAGCCUCAUGAGCCAGCCAUUCCUCUCACAGUCCUAUCGACGGAAAACGCCGAUCCUCUUCCUUGACACAUCAUCCACUUCGGCCGAUUUCUUGGCAGCUUUUGGUGGAAAUGUGAGCUUCGAGAACUUUGAGAGCCAAAACAACGAAGGGAGCAAGUACAACCUUUUGGAAGUUGAACUGGUGAAGGUCGUGUUGAAGAAACUGAUGCAGGAGAUGAACCCCCCUGAAAUUGUGGCCGGCCUGCGAGUUCUCGCGGGCCAGCACCAAUCUGGAGCCCUGGUGCCUGCUCGGGUAGCUGUGCCGUUGCUAGCAGCUUUGCUGCCCAUGCGGCAGGGGACCUUGAGAAGUUUCGUGGAGAAGGCGUGA